AUUUGAUUAGCAGCCGGCUUGUACUGUACUCUCCGCGCGCUGCUCCGCCGGAAUAGGCAGGCGCCGGGCAGCACACUGCUCUCGUGCCCGGAGGGCCAGCCUUGCCACAUGCGCCGCCACCUCGCGCCCCUUGGCGCCCCCCUGCACCUGCGCCGCUCCCGCUGCACGACGACGCUCGCGGCUGCAGCUGCUUCUUCCGAGCGCAGCAUCAGAGGCCGCGUCGGCCGUCGGGCAUGGAGGGAGCUUCAUGCGGCGCGGAGGACAAGGCGCAAGCACAUCACGUCUCAAGGCCAAGCGCGAAGCUCGAGAGCCAGCGCCAGCGCAGCCUAGACUCGGACUGCGCUCUGAAGCUCGCUGCGAGCUCGUCGCACGCAGGUGCAGGCCUCGGACGAUGUUCGCCGCUGCAGCACCUCGUGUGCCAGAGCUCGAAGCAACGCGCUCGGUGGCCCGGCAGCUCCUCUCCUGCGUCUGCCCUGCGCGAGCACCGAGCGCGAAGCGCAUGCCACGACGGUGGGUGCGGCAACGCCCCGUUUCGCUUCUCG